UGGAUUGUCACAGCCUGGGCUGCUUCCCAUUCGACAGACAAAGGCUUGUUGUAUAACUGAAUUAGCGCUUUCGGUCGCCCUGUGUAAAUGCGUAUUACGCUAGGAGUUGUUAUGUUCAUUAAGACAUUCCUUUGCGGAUUGAGGCAAUGGGAGAGGGCUUUGCAUAAUGACGUCUAUGUUUUUCAAGUGAAAUGCUCCUUUAAAAGAAGGCUUCGUGAGAGCGUGCCAGGCACAUCAGGAGCGAGUAGCGGACUGGGUUCUCCACAACGUACCUCUCCAAAUUACAUUUAAAAUGGUGACGUCGUACCCACUACCGGAAGGAUUCUCCGAUUUUGACGUGUUCUCCCUUGGAUCCUGUCUAUUAGUGGAGGGUCUCCUCGGUUUCUUCCUGAAUGCUGUCACCGUUGUUGCAUUUCUUAAAAUAAGAGAAUUACGGACCCCAAGUAAUUUUCUCGUGUUCAGUCUGGCAUUGGCUGAUAUGGGGAUUUCUAUGAACGCCACCAUUGCAGCAUUCUCCAGCUUUCUAAGAUACUGGCCUUAUGGAUCAGAGGGAUGUCAGACCCAUGGCUUCCAGGGCUUUGUGACUGCUCUUGCCAGCAUCCACUUCAUCGCAGCCAUUGCUUGGGAUAGAUACCACCAGUACUGUACAAGGACAAAGUUGCAGUGGAGCAGUGCUUUCAGUCUGGUCAUCUUCAUCUGGCUCUUCACUGCUUUCUGGUCUGCUAUGCCUCUCAUUGGCUGGGGUGAAUAUGAUUAUGAGCCCCUGCGAACCUGCUGCACACUGGACUACAGCAAGGGUGACAGGAACUAUGUGUCGUACCUGAUCCCCAUGUCCAUCUUCAACAUGGGCAUUCAGGUCUUUGUUGUGCUGUCCUCCUACCAGUACAUUGAUAAGAAAUUUAAGAAGACUGGCCAGGCAAAGUUCAACUGCAGCACUCCUUUGAAGACUAUGCUGUUUUGCUGGGGUCCCUAUGGUGUCCUGGCCUUCUAUGCUGCUGUGGCGAAUGCUACCGUUGUCUCUCCUAAACUAAGAAUGAUUGCUCCUAUUUUGGCAAAGACAUCGCCUACGUUCAAUGUUUUUGUUUACGCUCUUGGAAAUGAGAACUACAGAGGAGGAAUCUGGCAGUUACUCACCGGUCAAAAGAUUGAGACUCCUGCUAUUGAGAACAAGACCAAAUAAACUAAUCACAUAAAAAAUUCACUUCAUGUCCUGAUAGGUUCUUGCAGGUAUGACAUGUUUAUUGGCUGUGUCUUAUUUUUUGCUGUAUAUUUGUGUGACACAGAAAUGCUGGGCAUUUGUGGUACAGUAAUUUUACCCAUGGGUCCAAUUUAUUUAUGUCCAUUAUUUAAUAAGGGUUAAAGGGAUAGUUCACCCAAAAAUGAAAAUCAAACCGUUCGUGGACCCCAUCCAUUUCCAUAGUAGGAAAAAAGAAUACUAUGGAAGUAAAUGGGGUCCACGAAUGGUUACAAAGAUUUCUGAAAAUAUCUUCCUUUGUGUUCAUCAGAACAAAGACAUUUAUGAGUGAGUAAAUGAUAACAGAGUUUUCAUUUUUGGGUGAACUAUCCCUUUAAACUGCUUCCAUAUGUAUGUUGUAUUCUGAAGUCAUGAUCAUACUUCAUAUAACUUAUUUUUAAGGUAAAAGAUUGUUGGUAAACUGUUUAAACAUCUUUUUAAAUUUAGCAUAUUAACUAUUUUUUCAAAUGUGACAGCCACAAAUAAAGCUUAAAUACCUAAACACAUACAUAUAGUAGAAAAGGUAUAUGUAUUUUUUUAGGGUGAAUUAGGUAAGAAUCGAAUCCCAUUAACAAUGGUGCAUUUUAUAAAAAAACAUUACUCUGUCCAAACGAUUUGUUUAAGGGUAAAAUAUGCAUGAGACACACUGCAAAUUCCAGCAAUCUUGUUUUUCUCCUAAAUAAUCUCUACAUUUCAACACUUGAAUCAUUUUGAUACCGGAGAUGUCUAAAAAGUCAUAUCAAUCAUUUAUUAAACAGAAACAUAAUGUGAUGCAUUUACUAGAUAAAUGACAUAACACAUUCAAAGGCUAAAUAUAACAGCUAGCCACAGUAGGUUGACCAAAUGUUAACAAAAGCA